CAAACCUCCUUCCCAAACCUACAAACCCCUUCCUUCUUUCUUUCCCCUCUUUCUAUCCUUUACGCACUUUCCUUCUCUCUUCGCUACCAACCAGCUUUUCUUAUAACUGCUGGUUCAGCUACUUCCCUUACUGUACAUUUCUCUCCCGCUCCUCUCCACCUUGCCACAUUGUCUACUGAACUAGAGGCUUUCAUUCCUCUUUUGCUGCUGUAGAGUCGUUCGUCCCUUUGCUCCCUCCUAUCACAACCCAACUUAAACCCUGUACAACAAAACAUGUUCAACGUCAACGAAAAAAUCAAUGGUCUCAGGGGAAAUAGGCGGUACAUGAUGUUCAGCCUUGCCCUGGUGAUGGUCACUGGUAUAUCGCUGCUGAGCUAUACGCACAGUAGUAGUUUACUCAUGUGCAGCAGCCCUGGAAGCAUACGAUACAUGUCCAGCGAAGCGGCUGCCAUGACUUCUGCUGAUAGUGCGCAAUAUACUUUUACAAACCUUAAUGGCCUCAAAGCCGAUCCACAAUCACAUGUUUUGAUCUUGACUCCACUGAAGAAUGCUGCAGCAUAUCUACCCAGAUAUUUUGAGUUGGUGAACCGAUUGACCUAUCCCAAAGAAUUGAUCUCGCUCUCUUUCUUGGUGUCCGAUACCGACGACAACACCGUGGAUAUGUUGAAAAACUUUGCUCACCAAGGCCACAACUUCCACCAUAUCAAUAUCCUUGAACGAGAUUUCAACUAUGAAUUACCAGAAGACAAACGCCACACCUUUGAAUUGCAACCGAUGCGACGUGCUAUGAUGGCUAGAUCUCGCAACUAUUUACUGACUGCCUCCCUCCGCUCAGAACAUGCCUGGGUUGUUUGGUUGGAUGUCGAUGUUGUCGAAUACCCAGAAACGAUUCUGGAAGAUUUGAUGAGCGUGGAUGUCGAUGUGGUUGUUCCCAACUGUCUCUUGAAUACCGAUGAUGAUAGUUUCUGGGGAUAUGACAAGAAUAACUGGCAAGAAACUGAAGAAAGUUUGGCUAUUCAAAAGGACUUAGAUGACGACUAUGUACUUUUAGAAGGUUACUAUGAAUUCCCCACCUCUCGAAAGCUGAUGGUAGAUAUGCCAACCCAUUGGCCAAAACUGCACAAGGUCGAGCUGGAUGGUGUGGGUGCCACAUUCACCAUGGUUAAAGCUGAAGUUCACCGUGAAGGUGCAAAUUUCCCGGCAUAUCCUUUCCAACAUGAGGUCGAAACCGAAGGUUUUGCAAAGAUGGCAAAGGCUAUGGGCUUUGGCGUGUACGGCUUGCCUUCCUAUAUUAUCAAACAUAUAUAUAAUAAUUAAACAGAAUGGCAGCUUUCUUUACUUUAUUUUUGUUUUCUUUGCUUCGCUUUCGGUCCCUACAGUAAAUAGAAAGGGCAUUUACAUACCAAGUAACCACCACCCACACAAAUACCAUCUAUUCUCCAUCCAUUGUCUCUUCUAAAUGUUGCAUUCGUGUAUCUUUUACCAUUUUUAAUCGCUAGUCCUCCAAAAUACGAUCGACUUAGUCAGAAAAAAAAAACAAAAAGAAAAGUAAAAAAAAAAAAAGUUAAGCUUAUUACCCCAA